CGGCCAUCUUUGCAUUACCUGACAAGAGAACCGUCGGUUUUUCCAUGGAAUUAUCCACCAAAAAACACCACCAAAGCCUCUAAAGCCAUGUCUCAAACCUUCAAGAGUCCUCGGCCAAUACCUGUUUUAGUAAACGAGUCGACUUUUAGUCACAAGAAGACGAGAAGAGGUUUUGAUGUCGAGUGUUUACCACCGAGGCCGCCAGUCAAGUCUGCUCCUCCUGUCAGCCGAAUAUUCAAGCGUUCAAGAAAACAUGUCGAAGGAGCUCAUGCUGUCAGCUUUAAGGAAAAUGGAUGCAAAUUAGAAUCACCUGAACUUGUAAGUCCUCACUACGAUGCAAAAUCCAAAGAGCUAUAUUUCAAACAGUGUUUUGAGGUCAUAAGUAGACUAGGUGAAGGAUCAUUUGGUGAGGUAUAUAAAGUAAGAAGCAAGGAAGAUGGGUGUUUGUAUGCAGUCAAGAAGUCACGGGAAAGAUUUCGUGGUGAUGCUGACAGGAGGUAUAAACUGGAAGAAGUGAAUAAACAUGAACUGUUGAGACGACAUCCAAAUUGUGUAAGAUUUGUGAAGGCCUGGGAAGAAAGACAAAAUCUAUAUAUUCUCACAGAGCUCUGUGUUAUGAGUCUGAAGAAUUCUCUCGAGACCAUGGAAUCGUUUCCUGAAAAUGAAGUAUGGAACUUGUUGGUUGACCUGACUUUGGGUCUGAAACAUUUGCAUGAUCACAAUAUGGUGCACAUGGACAUCAAACCUGCUAAUGUAUUUGUUGGAAGAGACAAACUUUACAAAAUAGGAGACUUUGGGUUAGUUCUAGAGCUGUCUAAGUGUGAAGAGGUCACUAAUGCACAGGAAGGAGAUCCAAAAUACCUUGCUCCAGAACUUAUGCAGGGAAGUUUUACAAAAGCAGCUGAUAUUUUUAGCUUAGGAAUCAGUAUUUUAGAAACUGCAUGUGACAUAGAGCUACCAAAGGGAGGAGAUGCUUGGCAUCAGUUAAGAAAUGGUCAGCUACCUAAAACAUUUACGCAAGGUUUAUCUCCAGAGCUGAGUCAUUUAAUAACUUGGAUGAUGGAUCCUGAUCCUAGAAAAAGACCCACUGUAGAUGACAUCCUUGCCCAGCCAUCUGUCAAAAAGACUUGGAGAAAACGAAAAUGGCUUUACUAUUACAGUAAGAUGUAUUCAUCCCUCUCAAAGUUCUACAUCUGGAUAUCAAUAUAUGUAAUGUGGAUAAUAAUGUUACUGGUAUGGCCCUUCAAGCCACUAAAACGUUUUUGGUCAACUGACACCCCAACACCCAAUCAGGAUGUAUCAUUUCAUUCUGAAACUAGUUAUUCUACUAUGGAAGAUUCCCAUAACCUGUCACAAGAGAGUGUCCAUACUCCAGACAGAAGUGCAUCCUUUGAGGAUCUACUAUCCCAUCCAGUAGCCAGACCCCCUUGGCAUAAGGACGGUUAUUGCAGCUCGCCAACACAUCUACAAGUACCGACUUCAACAUCUCACACCAAAGCUUCUCCAGCAACAUUUGCAAUGAACCACUUAAAUGGACAGUUGACCCCUCCAUUAGAUACAAGCAGUCCAAGUCGAGGGCAAUACACACCUCCCUCUGAAGGACGAAGGGGGAGAUUAUUUGAAGAUGAUGGUGUUACGGCAAAACUGGGAGUUGGACCCAAGAAUCUGUUAGACGUUUUUGAAGAUGCUGCUAUAUGAUUAAUUGUACAUCUAAAAAACUCAGCACUUGGAUAUGUAAUGGAGUCUGCCUCAGUCAGACACAGGUGGUAUAGGGCAACUGCAAGACAAUAUUCAACAGUUUCCCACAACAUUAAGAAAAUCGUAAUAAAUUAGGUGACCUCCUUAAAUUCAGGCAUAGCAAUGGCAAGGAAUGAUGAUUUCAAAAAAGGUUGGUGAAGGUACAUAGGCGGCAUGUUGCAUACCAAGCUUAAAAUGUAUGGUGGAUCCUAUGUAAAUAAUGUCAGCACAGAAGAAAAUAUGGAAGAAGAAACAUGCAGACAAACGUUGGGAAAAUUCCAUAUCGUUGCUGAUUUCAUUUACAUUGACAAUAGUGCAUUUCGGGCUUCAUAAUAUGGAACAAAACGCACACCAAACCUUAUCGAAAUAGCUGUGUACAUGCUUUUUCGUGUGCGUGUAAAAUAAUGACUAUUACCGUAAUAGCUUCGAAGAUCAUCCAACACGGCAUGAAGAAGUUUGUGAUUGGAAUAUUCACUCUAAUGUUUAAUUUCGGCCUGUGUCUUCACCUAAUCUUUUGCUGUAGAGCUACAGUAUGAAAACUGUGGUUGAGCACCAGAGGAAGGCAUAAAUCAGUAUUACAGGCCAUGAAGUAAUAGGGUAAAAUGCCUGUCCUUGCUGAUUGGCAGUCUUAUAACCAUGGUACUGCAUAUUGUUAUUAUAGCACAGCGCAUUAAAGUAUGACCAUUAUGUACUCGCAUACUUCUAUGCACUGGCAUUUUGCUGCCAAACAAACUUUUACAUGCCUUUAUUUAGUAAAUCCUUGUUUAGAAAUGUGUCAGUUUAACGUACAAAAGCCCAUACAUGAAAGUAUGCAAAUACAUUAUUUCUGGUCAUACAUGUUGUGCUGUAAUAUUGACUGCAAAUGUGACUGUCAUAUCACAAAUUUUAACCUUCCAGCAGUGGCAGAUCCAGGAUUUUUUCAAAGGGGGGUUCCGUUUCUUAAACUGUGUAUAAUUCUCUUUUGUUUAGUCGAUGUUUGACAAAAAAAAAUUGGC